AUGUAUCGUGUCCAGGAUGGUCAUGAUUUGCGGCUGGUGGCACUUCUGAAAGUGGAGCUGGUGGCGCUGGUGGCGGCCCUUCCAGAAAGAUUGACUUCCGUGAACCAGCCCGGGCCCGUGAAUAGUGAGCCGUUUCUCCUGCGCUCUGAAAAUCCUGCAUGCUCCUCGCAUCGUUUGUUGCCGGUGUUCAAGUCUACGCUGGAGGAAGCUCCUGAUCUUCAUCUGUCCUUCCUGGGAUACAAGAUGAAGUGGGGCCGUUGGCUCUGGAUGGCGCUGUGCGGCUUGUCUUGCAUUUGCUUCCUGUACGCAUCAGGUCUGUCUGUGCUCGACGUCCAGAGCCCAAGGUGCUCCGAUGCGCGGUCAGAGACUCUGCAGCCGCGCGAGCUGGUGUUAGCGGAGGCGCCGGAAGGCGCCAAAUGGCCCGUGCCCGGGCCUGCCAAGGUCUUGCCCGUCUUGGGCACAGCCAUCCGUGGCAGCACUAGCACGGAGCCCCAAUUCCUCACAUUUGUCUCGUUCGAGGUAUUGCUGGGAGAGGCUAGCUGUAGUUGCAGCCUCCAGGCCUUGGGUUGCGGCUUCAGCGUGGCAGUGCUUCUGACAUCCUCUUCCGGCAAGUGGUCAGUGACACUUCGCCAUGUCUUCCAAAGAGAGGUCUUCGAAUCUCAGGAGUCUUCGGCGGUCUUUGGCGUUUCCUUAGGCGGCGGCGCGCUCCAAAGCCUCGACUGCACUGGGCACCGGCGGUGCCUGGCCCAGACGGAGGGACAGGCGAGGGGCGGCGAGGAUGAGCCCUGGGGCCGAAUCGAGGUCUUUGACUGGUCAUGGGACGCCAGGUUUUCGGUGGACGAGAACCUGCUGAAUCUGGCGUUCGCAGUGUCGCACAACUGCUACCGCUUCAACCGAGGCAUGAAGUGCGGCCUCUACGGUGCAGUUCUGUGUCGCGAGCCGAUCCUCAAGGAUUCGAUUCGAAAAACGAUGCGCGACGUCACAGGCAGGGGUUUUGCUGUUUGA